UCAUAAUCCCGCGCCGCCGACUUCUUCCGUCGUAAACUGCCUACGCCUCUGGGCGCGCGGCGCCGGGGUCGCGCAUGCGCCGCGCAGCCCCAUCCGGAAGCUGACUCCUAGGUGCAUAGAGGAAGCCUGCGAAAUGAACCCUUUAACUAAGGUGAAGCUGAUCAACGAGCUGAAUGAGCGGGAGGUCCAGCUUGGGGUAGCGGAAAAGGUGUCGUGGCACUCUGAGUACAAGGACAGCGCCUGGAUCUUUUUGGGAGGGCUUCCUUAUGAACUGACUGAAGGGGAUGUCAUUUGUGUAUUCUCACAAUAUGGGGAGGUUGUUAACAUUAAUCUCGUGCGGGACAAGAAGACUGGAAAAUCCAAAGGUUUCUGCUUCCUCUGCUAUGAAGACCAGAGGAGCACGAUUCUGGCUGUUGACAAUUUUAAUGGGAUCAAGAUCAAAGGAAGAACUAUCCGAGUAGAUCAUGUGGCUAAUUAUCGGGUUCCUAAAGUCUCAGAAGACAUGGACGAUGUGACCAGAGAGCUCCAGGCGAUGGGCUGUGGUGUUAAUACCCCCUCACCGAGUUCAUCUGAGGAUUCUGAAGAAGAGAAACCCAUAAAAAAGCACAAAAAAGACAAAAUGGAAAAAAAGAAAAGACGGAAAGAGAAAGAGAAAGAGAAGAGUGACCGGACAGUACUGGUCGAGCAACCAUCUCCCUCUUCCUUGCCCAGAAGCAAGACAAUAAAGGAAAAGGAUGAGCCUGGCCCUAAGACAAGCAGCACCAAGGGCUCCGAGAAGGUGCCGAAGUCGGAGUCCAGGGAAGCACGGAAGCACUACCCUGUCUCCCCUGAGGUCAGAACUGUCCCCCGCGGUGGAGUUGAGGACCUGGCCAGGGAGCUGAAGAAGGAGAAAUCCAAGCAUGAGCACAGGUCCUCCGACAGGAGAGAGGCCAGAGAAGAAAGGAACAGGGAUAGGGACAAAGGACGAAGCUCAGACGCGUGUUCUAGCUGGCACAAUGGGCAUUCGGAUGGGUGGAGCCAUCGGAGUAGAAGUCGGAGCCGAGAUCGAUCUCACAGACAGAAGAAGUCCCGUAGCUCCCGGGAGCGGGAGUCCUCAAAUCUCAGUGAGCGUAGGCGUCACUGAAGCCAGUUCAGCCGCUCGGUAGAUCUGGAAAUGAAAUGUGUUUCUAAAAUGCAGUCAGAUUCAGCUACGCCAUUACUUCUCCAUAUGAAAUCUCUAGAGCUGAUUUUUAAAAAAUCCCUUGAGUAGUGGAGUCCUUGAGAAGGCUGUGGUUUCAUUGGCAGAUACCCUGCAUUUUCUAGUACAAUCCAUCAUCCCUGGAAAUAUACUUGGAACUUAACAGAGAACGUGUCCUGAAUUUUCGUUCAUAAAUUGGCCAUGGGGCCCAUAGCCCCCCCAGCUUGAGAUGAAAUUGCCAGAAAAGGAAAAUUACAGACAAUUCUAGAGGCCUAGUCUUUGUCUUCAAUGUUGAGAACCCAGCAUUCUAAGACUUCCAGUUAGCAGGUAGAACUGCAGUGAAGUGUGGUUUAACUAGGUUCAGACAGCUGGAGGUGAAUGUGAUGGGAUUCUUUUUUUUUUUAAGUAUUAAUUUUAUUUAUUUGAAAGGCAGUGUUACAGAGGAAGGGAGGGAGAGACACAGAGAUCUUCCAUCUGCUGGUUUACUCCCCAAAUGGCCACAACAGCCAGGGCUGGGCCAGGCUGAAGCCAGGAGCCAGGGACUCCAUCCAGGUCUCCCACAUGGGUUUGGGGACCCAAGUACUCAGGCUAUCUUUCACUGCUUUGCUGGGCGCAUUUAGCAGAGAACUGGAUCGGAAGUGAAGCAGCUGCAGCUCAAAACUGUUGCUCAUCUGAGAUGCCAGCAUCACAGGAGGCAGCUUACCACUGCACUACAACGCCAGUGCCUGAUGGGAUUCUUAAGAACAACCAGCUCCCUCUCUAAACCCUGUUUGAAAACAGCUUUAAAUGUCUUGUCUUUUUCUUUUUUUGGUUGAGAUAUUUUUCCACAUACUUUUUUCCCUUGGAAUUCUUUGUAUUGAUGUGAAAUGCAGAUAACAUAAAGUUAACCAAUUCAAAGCAAUUCAGUGGCACUUAUAUUCACCAUGUUGUGCAAACACCACCUGUGUCUAGUUUUGAAGCAUUCACAUUGUCCCCAAAUAAAACCUAAUACCUAUUAAGCAAUAACGUGCCAUUACCCCUAUCCUCCCUGUCCCUGGAAGCCACCCAUCUGCUUUCUGUGUCUAUGGAUUUGCCUGUUUGGGAUGCUCCACAGAGCAGGAAUCACACAGCAGUGGCGUUUUGUGUCUGGCUUCCUUCACUAAGCAUAAUGUUUUCUAGGUUCAUCCAUGUUAUAGCAUGUAUCAGUACUGCACUCUGUUUUAAGGCUCAAUAAUAUCCUGUUGAGAGACCA